AUGACUUUAUAAAUUUUUAAAAGGUUUUUUUUUUUUAUGAUCUGGUAAUUAUGUAUUUAACUUUAUGUAUUGUACUUUAUUAUUGUUAAAUUCAGUUGUCUACCAGCUGAAUGUGUCAUGUGACUUUUCCUGAUUUAUUUCACCUGGAAGUAUUGGCGCCAAUAGUAAGGCGAUGCAUGAAUUCAGACAAGCAUGUUAGUGCUCCUGACUAUUCUACUGCUGGUUACCAGGCAUACACGUUUUCACGGUGUUCCAUAACAAAUAAAACGCAUGGACAUUAGUACUUUGGAAUCGUGGACUGUUUAAUAACCAGCCAGUAGUUACAGUGAAAACGUGGCCUAUAAUUCCACCGAAGUUACCGAAGUUAGCGUCGAUCCUUCGGCUUCAGUGUGCGGCCUGCCACUUCUGGGUCUCUGUGCACGGGCUGACUACCUCCUGUGACGGACUGUUACAGAUUUCAGCGCGGCGUUUGGCGAUUGCCUUCUGUGGUGGACUGUUACAGAUUUCAGCGUUCCGUUUUGCGAUUGCCUUCUGUGGUGGACUGUUACAGAUUUCAGCGCGGCGUUUGGCGAUUGCCUUCUGUGGUGGACUGUUACAGAUUUCAGCGUUCCGUUUGGCGAUUGCCUCCCGUGGUGGACUGUUACAGAUUUCAGCGUUCCGUAUGGCGAUUGCAUCCCGUGGUGGACUGUUACAGAUUUCAGUGUGCAAAUUCUACUGCCGGUGGAGGAUCUUCUUACACAGCCUUGAUCCUUUUGUUCAUCCCCAGGUCAGACUGUGCAAUAUUUAAAAGCUAUCUUUGGUAAAUGAUGGAUGGUUUUACAAGUUAAAAUUAAAUGGUUAUAAGAUAUAGGUGUUCAGGACUAUAGAAUAAAUAAAUGAAUACAUGUCUUGGUGUUAACUGGUAGUAGUUUAAGAUGAUAUAUUUUAUGAUUAUUCAUUUAUGUAUCAAUUUUCAUGUUUGUUAAGGAAACGUUUAAUGAGUGUUAAGGGCAUUGAUCUAAGUGUGGAUAAUCAGUCUAAGAGUGUUUUACUGUUAACUACUGCCAUUUUAUUACUCAUUUUGUACUAAUUGUUAAAGUGCAAAUUCUGAAAAGUGAAAAUGUCAGUUCAGGGUGAUCUAGCUGAGCAAAAUGAUUCUCUAUUACAAGAGCAAGCUGUUUUAAUUGUUGGGUUUGAUACACCAGAGAAUGAGAUGAUAGAGGGUGUUGUAAAAGAUCGCCAUGCAUCACGUACAACAUGCACAGAGAAAUCUGAGGCAAGAUUUAAAGAGCUUAACUCUGAUUUGUUGAAAACAAAUGAAAUUAGAAAAUCCUCUCGUGAUAAACGUUUAACACCAAAGAUGCAGGAGUUAAAAGAGAAAGAACUGGCUCAAAAGGAAAAGAAGUUUAAAUCUGCAUAUGAAAAUUGGAAGAUUCAAGUCAGAGAUGUUCGUUCAAAAUUAAAAUAUGAGUGCUCUGAAAGUGAAUUGUGUGACAUGAUGGAUGGGGUUGAAAAGCAAGAGUUGGAAUUGAGAGAGUUGUAUGAUAACAUACGACUCCAAGCAGCACCAAGCCAAGAAAUUAGGAGGAAAAUUGAUGCAUGUUCAGCUGUAACGGCAGACUUGGUGAAAUUAAUGAGGGUACGCUUGGUGGAAGAUGGCAUGGAGUUUGACGCUGAGGCUGAGAGAGCAAGAUUACGCAUGCUGCUGGACUGUGAAUAUGCUAGGUCCAUAUAUGGAUCCACCGUUUCUAGAGCCACAGUCAUUAGUAAUCAUUCUAAACCCCCAUCAGAGUCUGCAAGCAUUUCAGCGAAAAGAGCAGAGACUGCUGCAUUGUUGGCUGCAAAGUAAGCUGAAGUAGAAAUGGAGGCUGACAUUGAUGCACAAAGACAGCAACUGAAGAAGCUUGAAAAUCGCAGAGAUAUUGAAGUUAUGGAAGCGAGGCUUCGAGUGUAUACUGAGGAGGAAUUAAGAGUGAAAAGUCAGCAGUGUGGAUCAGCAUGUAGUGAUAUGAGCAUCCCUAGACCAUUUGUUUCUAACACAUCAUGUUUGAACCAGCAAGUUACAAAAAGUGAAGUAUCCGUAGUACAAGCGAUACAAGAGUCGAUGGCCCUAUCUCGACUUCCAACUCCAGAACCCUUUGUAUUCUCUGGUGAUCCAUUGAAGUUUUUAGAGUGGAGCACGACCUUUAAGGCUCUUAUAGAAGGAUGCUGCUCAAAUCCAGCAGAUAGGCUGUUCUAUUUACAGAAGUAUAUUGAUGGUGAAGCAAGAUCAGUUCUGGAAGGUAGCUUCUAUAGGAAAGAUGAACAGGCCUAUCAGCAAGCAUGGGAGAAGUUGAAUGCCAGAUAUGGUCACUCCUUUGUAGUGCAACGUGCCUUCAGAGAGAAACUUAAUUGGUGGCCCAAGAUUGGGGCAUCAGAGUAUGUUAAGCUAAGAGAGUUUACUGACUUUCUGCAAUCAUGUAGUGAUGCUAUGCCGCACAUUAAAGGUCUUCAGGUGCUGAAUGAUCGCGAGGAGAAUCGGAGGAUACUAACCAAGCUUCCAAACUGGGUGACGAGCAGGUGGAACCGUUAUGUCACAGAACAGCUAGACCAAGAUAAGGAUUAUCCAAGCUUUAGUGAGUUUGCUUCAUUUGUCUCAAAGGAAGCACGCAUAGCGUGCAAUCCUGUGUCAUCAUUGCAUGCAUUAAAGAUGUUUGAAGAGAAGCCACCUAAGGAGAUAAAGCAUUCAAAAGCAAACACAUUGGCAACUACUGCAGAGGCUUUAGAUGCAGCAUGUGCUACGGCCCAAUCCAGUAAUAUUAUUGAAUCGAAGAUUACAUUGGGUAGCACGAAUUCAGUUAAAUGUAUGUACUGUGAUGAAAGUCAUUUUAUCCAUAAAUGUCAAAAACUGAUGGAGAGAACUGCGGAGGAAAAGAGAAAGUUUGUUCUGGAGAAUAAGUUGUGCUUUGCAUGCUUGAGAAAGGGACAUGGCUCUAAAGACUGCAGAAAUAGGGCUGUGUGUGCUGUAUGCAAGAAGCGCCAUCCAACCCUAUUGCAUGAAGACCGUCAACCAGAAGACCAGUCACCUAUACAGAGAGCCUUGCAGGCUGAAGAGAAUACAUCUAUAUCAUGCUGUGUGAAUGGGGGAGAAGGCGGUAUAACGUCUAUGAUUGUUCCAGUAUGGGUGUCUUCAUCUAACUCAGAGACUGAAUUCUGUGUAUAUGCCUUAUUAGACACUCAAAGUAGUCACACAUUCGUCAAUCAGGAAGUGUGUGAAAGCUUGCAGGCAUCAAUGGAACCAGUGAAAUUAAAACUUUCCACUAUGAUGGGAAAAGACUCCAUUGUGGAGAGUCAGAGAGUAAGUGGACUUAGAGUUAGAGGAUUUUCUUCAGACAGUCCUAUCUGCCUGCCUCCUGUUUAUACAAGGGACUUCAUUCCCUUUGAACGCACACAUAUUCCCACCUGUGAAACUGCUAUGAAGUGGAAACAUCUACAAGUGAUUGUUGAUGAGAUGCCUGCACGGAUGGAUUGUGGAGUUGGUCUUUUGAUUGGAUAUGAUUGCUCUAGAGCACUGGCACCUCGACAGGUAAUCACUGGCAGGGAUGAAGAGCCUUAUGCCAUUAAGACUGACCUGGGCUGGAGCAUCAUAGGAGGAAUACCACCGAGUGUGAGUUUCAAGGAUGUUACUGGUUUAUGCCAUCGUAUAUCAGUCAAGGAGCUUGCUGCUGUUCUUAAAGCACUUGAGUUGGAUUUUGUGGAUACUCAGUUAGGAGAAAAGAGCAUAUCACAGGACGAUGUUCAGUUUCUGCAGGUCGUAAAGGAAGGUGUCCAUCAGAAUGACUGUGGGCAUCUUGAGAUGCCCCUUCCUUUUAAAACACGUCCCCAUUUUCCAAAUAAUAAGAAACUUGCAUUAGGACGGCUGAAGUACCUUAAGAGAAAAAUGGAUAAGGAUCCGCAAUUUAAACAAGAUUAUAUGAAAUUCAUGGAAGGUGUCUUCAAGGAUGGUGAUGCAGAAAUGGCAGAGGAACGACCAGAUGUGGGAAAUGUGUGGUAUAUUCCACACCAAGGUGUUUAUCACCCUAGGAAACCAGAUAAGAUCAGGGUAGUCUUUGACUGUUCAGCCAAGUAUGAAGGUACUGCCUUGAAUGACCAUCUAUUAACUGGACCUGAUCUUACUAAUGGAUUGACUGGAGUGCUUUUUCGUUUCCGUAAACACCUGAUCACUGUCAUGUGUGACAUUGAGAAAAUGUUUCAUAGAUUUCAUGUUAUUAGAGAAGACCGGGAUUAUCUGCGGUUCCUGUGGUGGGCAAAUGGAGACACGGACAUAGAGCCCAGAGAAUAUCGUAUGAAAGUACACCUCUUUGGAGCAUCAUCCUCUCCAGGCUGUGCCAAUUAUGGCUUAAAGUAUCUCGCCAGUAUGAAUGAAAGUGAGUAUCCUUUGACUGCCAGUUUCAUCAGAAAUCAUUUCUAUGUAGAUGAUGGUCUCAUAAGCUUGGAGUCUGUUGAGGUGGCAAUCAAGCUGGUGAAAGCUCAAGCCUUGUGUGCUAAAGGAAAGCUGCAUCUUCAUAAAUUUAUUUCUAACAACAGAGAAGUGCUGGAGUCCAUUAGUGUGUGUGAUCGUGCUGCUGAGGUGAAGAAUGUUGACUUCCAUCAUGACUUUCUUCCAGUACAAAAUGUCUUGGGAGUAAGAUGGGAUGUAGAGAGUGACACUUUCACCUUUAAUGUUACUCUUGAUGAGAAACCUGCCACACGACGUGGAAUUCUCUCCAUUGUGGCUUCUGUUUAUGAUCCAUUGGGGUUCUUGGCUCCAUUUGUUGUAUCUGGUAAGAAGGUGCUGCAAGAAAUGUGUCAUAAGGGCAUCGGUUGGGAUGAACCAUUACCCUCGGAGUUGAGGCCAAGGUGGGAGAAUUGGUUGAAUGAUUUGCCCAACCUUGGAAAAAUACAAAUCCCAAGAUGCUUUACACCUCCAAACUUUGGAAAGAUCUUGAGAACUGAACUGCACCACUUUUCGGAUGCUAGCAGUCAAGGUUAUGGUCAGUGCUCCUACAUCAGAUUGGUGAGUGAAAGCAAAGUACACUGUGCCUUGGUGAUGGGAAAGGCGAGAGUUGCUCCCGUAAAGGUUGUCACUAUUCCAAGAUUAGAGUUAACUGCAGCGGUGAUUUCUGCAGCUGUGAGUAUUAUGCUGAAGGAGGAGCUGGCUCUUGGAGUCGACAGAAUAUUUUUGGACCGAUUCACAAGUAGUCCUUGGUUAUAUCAACAAUGAAGGUAGACGAUUUCAUGUCUUCGUUGCUAACCGUGUCCAAAGAAUUCGGGAGACCACUGAUCCAAGACAGUGGUAUUACAUCAAUACAGGAGAGAAUCCCGCUGAUCAUGCCUCAAGAGGUCUCACGGUAGACGAGCUGAUCAAUUCAAACUGGCUCACAGGGCCCAGAUUCCUUUGGGAGAAAGAAGUAGUUGCUAAACAAGGAACAUCAGAAUUGUCGGUGGGAGACCCUGAGGUCAAAGCUGUCCAAGUAUUGAGGACUGAAACCAUAGUGCAAGUGGAUUUUCAACAGCAACUAUCACGAUUUUCAAAAUGGUCUACAGCUGUGAAUGUUAUUGCCCGGAUCCAAAGAUUAGUAAAGAAGUUGAAGACAUCAGAACCUUUAAGUGUGGAGGAAAGAAGGAGGGCUUCAUUCACUCUCAUUCAGCUUGCACAACAGGAUGCCUUUAAGGAAGAAUUGCAUGCACUCAGCCAGGAAUCUGGGAGGCUACCUCGUAACCAUCCUCUGUAUCAGCUUGAUCCAUUUAUGCAAGAUGGAAUAAUGAGGGUGGGAGGACGAUUAAGGAAGGCAUCUGCACCUUUUGAAGUACGGCAUCCAGCCAUCCUUCCUAGUGACGGUGUUGUCACAUGCCUUAUUCUGGCGCAUUAUCAUCAAAAAAUUCAACAUCAAGGUAGGGGGCAGACUCUGAAUGAACUGCGAGCCAAUGGCUUUUGGAUUAUUGGCGGCAGCAAGGUGGUAGCCCAGUAUAUACGGCAAUGUGUUCCUUGUAGGAGAGCUCGCAGGCCACCAGAACAACAACGGAUGGCAGAUUUGCCCCUGGACCGUAUUGAUCCCUCCCCGCCAUUUACCUAUUGUGGCAUGGACUGUUUUGGUCCCUUUUACACCAAACAAGGUCGUAAGGUAUAUAAAAGGUAUGGUCUCCUUUUCACUUGUCUCUGUUCAAGAGCUGUUCAUAUAGAGAUGUUGGAAGACAUGACAACUGAUGCAUUCAUUAAUGCUUUACGAUGUUUCAUUGCCAUUCGUGGAGCUGUCAGACAUAUCAGAUCAGAUCAAGGAACUAACUUCGUAGGGGCAAAGAGCGAGUUGAAGAAGGCCUUAAAAGAAGUGAGUGAAGAGAGAGUGGCAGCAUAUCUGGCAACUAAGGAGUGUGAUUUUUGUCUGAAUGCACCCAGUUCAAGUCAUGCUGGAGGAGCCUGGGAGCGGCAGAUUCGAACCACUAAAGGGGUAAUGAACUCAGUUCUGGCACAAAGUGUUGGGAGAUUAAAUGAUGCCUCCUUACGUACGUUCUUUUAUGAAGCUAUGUCUAUAGUCAAUAACCGUCCCUUGACAGUAGAUGGCCUCAGUGAUCCUACAAGCUUGGAGCCUCUUACUCCAAACCACCUGCUUACCAUGAAGUCAUCUGUUCCACUCCCUCCUCCUGGUACAUUCGUCAAAGAAGAUCUUUAUGUAAAGAAACGGUGGAGGCAGGUGCAGUAUUUGUGUGAACAGUUUUGGAGUAGAUGGAGGAUAGAAUACCUCACUAAUAUCUCUCUCUCAGGCAAAAAUGGCACACAGCAAGACGGAAUGUGCAAGUUGGUGACAUUGUCAUCGUAAAGGAAGAGGAAGUUCCUCGUAAUGAAUGGAGGUUGGCUAGGGUCCUUGAAGUUUCCAAGGACAGUGAUGGACUGGUGCGGAGAGCCAUGAUACAAAUGGGGAAUCGGGGGUUGGGAAAAAGGGGUGAACUCCUCACUAAACCCUCUAUUGUCGAACGCCCGAUCCAAAAGUUGGUAGUUCUUGUAGCCAAAAGUUGAAUAAAAUAAAAUAAAAUCGCUCUAUCACUUUAUUAGAAUCUUAGUCCUAUUGGUAUCCGUUUGUAUCUUGAUCAUGUGUCGAUUUUGUGUUGUUUAAUAUUGGUUAAUAUUAAAUCAUGUAAUUUAUAUGGUGGACAAAUGUGUUCAUUUUUUUUUUUUUUUUUUUUUGCUAAAGAAUAUGCAAUUAUGAACCGUGGAGUUUUGAAUCAUGUUGGUUUGAUCUUAUGUAUUGUGUUGAUGAAAUUACCCUUGAUUAUGUAAUUUAUGUAGUAAAUUAAAGGUAAUUUGGUGGGAGUGUAGCUGACGCUGAUGGGUCAGCUGUGGGUUAUGUAUGACUUUAUUAAUUUUUAAAAGGUCUAUUUUUUUUUUUAUGAUCUGGUAAUUAUGUAUUUAACUUUAUGUAUUGUACUUUAUUAUUGUUAAAUUCAGUUGUCUACCAGCUGAAUGUGUCAUGUGACUUUUCCUGAUUUAUUUCACCUGGAAGUAUUGGCGCCAAUAGUAAGGCGAUGCAUGAAUUCAGACAAGCAUGUUAGUGCUCCUGACUAUUCUACUGCUGGUUACCAGGCAUACACGGUAAAAAAUGAUAAUAUUUUGUAUAUUCUUUAUUUGAUUUGUGGUUUAGUGGUGUUAUGUGUAAGACUGUGUUUGUUGUUUUUGUUUGUGUCUAGUUUUCACGGUGUUCCAUAACAAAUAAAACGCAUGGACAUCAGUA